CGAGCUUUCCCCAAAUUGUUACUACUUCAUUUCAUUUUUUGGAAUCCUCUGCACAUGGAAAAAGAGGAUCAGGAUUUGAUAGAAUUAAUCAAUUCAGAAGAUGACAAAUACUCUACUAACUCCACAAUCACAAAACAACACUUUUCUGUUUUAACUGAAUCUCACAUAAAACACCUUCAACAUUCUCACAUCAAUCAAAUUUUAUCAAUUCUUCCAAUUUCAAAACCUGUUGCAUCCCUUUUACUCUCUCACUACCAUUGGAACGUCGCUCAAGUAUUGGAGUCAUGGUUUUCUAACCAUGAAAAAGUCCUAAAAACCAUAGGGUUAUCGAAUCAACCCAAAUCAGAACUAGAAUUAGGGUUUCAUAAUUCACAAAUUAUCACAUGUGAGAUUUGCUUUGAAACCUUUUUUAUUGAUAAGAUUAGGUCAUCAUGGUGCGGUCAUCCAUUUUGUAUCAAUUGUUGGAAACAAUAUGUGGAUACAAAUAUUGAUGAUAAGAAUUGCUUCAAUCUUAGAUGCCCUAAACCUAAUUGUGAUGCUGCUGUUGAUGAAGACAUGAUUCAUCAACUUGCAAGUGAGUCGAGAAAGAUAAAAUAUGAUCGAUUUUUCUUUCGAUCUUUCGUGGAAAACAACAAUGAUACGGACAUUAAGUGGUGUCCUAAUCCAGGGUGUGGUUAUGCUAUAAGAUAUGAAUUACCAGAUGAUCAUGAUUUUGGAUCUAGGAUUAAUUAUGAUGUUACAUGUUUAUGUGAUUAUAGUUUUUGUUGGGAUUGUGAGCAAGAGGCUCAUACUCCUGUGGAUUGUGAAACUGUUGCUAAAUGGAUGGAAAAGAGUAGCUCUGAUUAUUCUGAACUUGAGAUUAUUACUAGUAAGGGUUGGAUUGUUGCUAACACAAAACCAUGUCCUAAUUGCAAGAUGCCCAUCGAGAAAAACAAAGGUUGUAGAGUUAUGACAUGCAAAUGUAGGUUCCAAUUUUGCUGGUUAUGUCUCUAUGGUUUGUCUAGUUGUCGCACCACAUGUCGCAAGGGUUUCAACAACAUCCAAGGUAAGGUAUUUCAAGAGAAAGUUGGAGAUAAAAUGCAAAGAAUCGAUGAAAAAACGAAUUUGGAUAGGUUCAUGUACUACCACCAACUUUGGUCUAGCAAUGAAAUUUCAAGAAAAAAUGCACUUCAAAAUUUGAUUGAUAUCAGUACUAGUAGUAAUCAGUAUAUAAAGAGGAUGAGUUUAUCAUGGAAAAAGCCUGAAAAAUAUUUUGAUUUCAUAAAAGAUGCAUGGAAACAGGUAGUUGAAUGUAGAAGAAUUCUCAAAUGGGGUUAUGUAUAUGUAUACAAUCUUCCUCAGGAUGAAAGUGCUAAGGUUGAGUUUCUUGACCACAUCCAAGGCAUAGCUCAAGUUACUUUGGAUAAGCUUCAUCGGCUUGCUGAAAAUGAAUCGAGAAAGUUUCUACAAGUUGGGUUAGAAAAAGAACUUAAUGAUUUUCGUGUGAACUUAAUCACUUUGACCAAGGUGACUAAAAAUCAUGUUAUGAAAUUGGUUAAAGAAUUAGAGAAUGGUUUAGCUGUUGUGCCUAUGAAAAGGAGGUCAAGUGAAAUUGACAACGACUCAUUUAAAAAACAAAAAACAACGCGAGAAACACAAUCAAACGUGAUGGAAUUAACUUGACAAUGUGAAGAGUUUAGAGACAACAAGUUCAGUUCUACCAUGGCGUGUCAGUGCAUUAGGUGCGAACUACACAUUGAUCCAUAAACAAGUUUUUGUAUUUUGUUUCCAUGGUUGCUUUACUUUUAAAUUUUAAUUUGAUGAUUUUGUAGAUCUGCAACAAGGAAUUAUUGUUAUUUUUAGGCAAUCUAUUCAAAUUCUUUAAGUCAUUUUGAUUGGUUCAAUAUAAUAUUGUUAUCUACAUACUAAGGAUUAAAAUUACUUGUAUCAUUCAAGAGUGUUUGAAUAAAAUACUGCAAGUCUCUUUCAGCUUAA